AUGCCAUCUCCCCGCGUUUUCGUCACGGGCGCAUCUCGAGGGAUCGGCCUCGAGAUCGCGAAGAAGCUGGCAAGCGAGAGAGGCGCACAUGUCACGAUUGCAGCAAAAACAAAAGAGCCACAUCCCAAGCUGUCGGGCACGAUCUACACAGCUGCAGACGAGAUAGAGGCAUGCGGCGGCAAAGCGACCCCGCUCGUCAUGGACGUACGAGACGAACAGGGCGUCCGGGAGAGCAUCGACACCGCCGCAAAGGCCAUGGGCGGCAUCGACGUACUGAUCAACAACGCCUCUGCCAUCUCGCUCACCGAUUCGCAACGCACAAAGAUGAAGACCUACGAUCUCAUGAACAACAUCAACGGCAGGGGCACCUAUCUCGCCUCGGCGGCGGCCAUACCCCAUCUGAUCGACUCUGGUCGACAGGGCCGCAAUCCUCACAUCCUCACGCUCUCCCCGCCGCUUGCAAUCUUUCGUGACAGUGAGGAUGCCAUGUCUCAGUUUGGCAAAGCGACGGCAUAUGCGAUGGCAAAGUUUGCCAUGAGUCUGUGCUCACUUGGCCUGGCAGGCGAGCUGAGAGGUCGCGUCGCUGUCAAUGCUCUCUGGCCGUACACCUUGAUCAACACAGAGGCCCUCCGUCUGAUCGUGUCGGAAGAAGAACAAUCACGGAGCCGGACAUCCGCAAUUGUGGCUCGUUGUGCACACGAGAUGCUGUUGAGAGACAGCAAGACCUACACCGGCAACUUUGAGAUUGACGAGAUCUUCCUGCUCAAGAACAGGCUGUGUUCGCCCGCAGACAUUGACGCCUUUGCCGUCGACCGGAAGCAUUCGGCCCGUCUCCUACCUGAUCUGUUCGUACCGCGAGGCACGGCGGAAACAAUCUCAGAACUCCGCGAGUCAUACUAG